CCAUAGGCUGGAGAGGAGAGUUCUCAGUAUAUGAAGCCAUUUAUUGUGUAGAUCAGAUGUGAAAGAGUUAAUGAGGAGCCAGGGUCUCCCCCUCCUUCUCUGAGGGCUUUCGGAGCUGCUCUGCUGCUGCUACUGAUUUUCUAUGGCAGCUGCUGUGCUACAUGGAUCCCUCGUCCAGCGCAGUGAAUCUGUUCUGUAUAGGUGCUUAACCUGAAGGAGAGCGCGGGGCCCCUGAUACCCUCUGCGGGUGAGAAGCAUCUCUUGUGUUCCGCUGCUCCCCCCCCCUGCUUUUAUUUUUUUUUUGCUUUGUGCUGCCUGCUUUCACCGUGCGCUCCAGCCAUUUGUAUUUCUGCCAGCAACAGCCGAGCUGUGAGCCGGAGAGAUUGGCUGCUCGGUGACACCAUGAAGACAAGGGAAAGGAUGGAGGCUGCUCUGCACAAUGGAAUGCUCAUCCCUGUCUGUGUGCUGUGAGACAAGCUCUGCGUCCCUGGUAUUGCAUUGGACUGGCUGACGUGGGUACCCCCAUCCCUCGGGCUGGAUAUUCGGGCUGCCUGCGGAGACCGGUGCUGCUCUUGGCCAGGCACUGCUGUCUGGGCAGUGUGGGAGGCUGGUAGCCGACCGGUAGCCUCCUGAGGAUGGGAGCGACUGAGUCAGUAUUGCAGCAGGGACAGGCCACAAGCCUGGCAAGGGAACCCUCCGAAAAUAUGAGCUCUGACUCUGAAGAAGCAUUUGAAACCCCAGAAUCCACCACUCCAGUGAAAUCUGCUUCCCCAGUGUCUUUUCCACCCCAGUCUGAAGAGCAGGAGCAGCAGCAGGAGCCACCGCCAUCUCCACCACCACCAGUGCAACAAGUAGAGAACGAGAUUACACCACAGCCAUUAUUGCUACCGGAGGAUACAGAUUCGGUUUUUGCGGCAGACGACAUCUCAGUUGACGAUGAGCCGGGUCUGAUCGAACAAGUGAACCAGUCUCCUUUUCGGGCUCCUUCUGGCUCCUUUUCUGUCGUUUUUGACGAGGACAAGCCUAUAGCUAGCAGCGGGGCUUAUAACUUGGACUUUACAGCCGCUGAACCAGAUGAUAUUUCUACUUCUUCAGACGUACCUGUAAGAUCCCGCCGCAAGUCUUCAGAUUCGGUGCCGUCUGGGCGAAACACCCUCUCGCGCUCUCUCAGUUUACAGGCUGCGGAUUUUCAGGCCGAAGAAGGAUUUGGGAACCAAGGGGGAUCAGACAGUGCUUGCAGCUCCCUACGCAGAAGCAAGAAGGUUCGUCCUGGAUCCCUCAAGAAGAAAACAUCAAGCACUAAAAAGCAGAUAGAGCCUGCAGGGUCUAAGGAUACUAAGGAGGAGGUGGCAGGGGAUUCUCAAGAGACAGACUUGGAUAAAAACACACAGAUACUUUCAAGUGACAGCCCAACUCCCCCCGUAUCAAACCCAGACUUGGAACUUGUGGGCCCACAGCAAAUCUCAGCCCUGGAAUCCUCAGACAUUCCUAACGUUAGUGACCAAGAAUGCAGUGUUAGAGGGGGGUCUGUGAGUGACUCUUGUGCUCUAAAAGAGACUGUCACGGCUUCCCCGUCAUUAGAUCAGGGGCCUGAGGUCCCCAGCUCUGAAACGGAAAGACCAGAAGCAACUGGAAUUAUUGGCCAAUCAGUGAGGCUGGAGUUCGACUAUUCAGAGGAGGCGUGUGAGGGGCAGCCUCCCUCCAGAAAGGGCAAAAAACCCUCAGGCAAAAUGCCACUGAGAAAACCCAAGCCGAAGAAGGCAGUUGAAAAACCAGAUGCACCGCCUGGAUCUCCUACCCCCAUUUCUGUUGACUCUGAUGAAAUCCCUAUUGGGAGAGGCUCAUACACAUAUAACUUGGAUAAAUGGGACGAUCCUAACUUUGACCCCUUUUCCUCGGGUGUUAAAAUCCAAGACCCACCGCCAACUAUUAAGGAUCCCCCAGAAGCAAUCAAACAGAUCACCCACAGAUCUGAAUCCCCUGCAAAAACACCAGCAUCCUUUGAGAUACCAGCUGGUGGUGCUGAACAGAACACUGGAGAAAGCAAUAAACCAGCUAAGAAGAAGAAGACGCCAUUAAAAACUGACACAUUUAGGGUGAAGAAGUCGCCAAAGCGCUCCCCAGUCCAUGAAAAUGGCACAGAGGAGCUCACCCUGCUUCCCAAAUCAGAUAUACCCCCAAUGAUAACCUCUGAGGAUCACGCUACUGAUGAGGAAAAACUGGCCUCGUCUGUGGGUCAGAAAUGGUCCUGUAUGGCAGUGGAUUUGGAACCGGAGAAGAAAGAUUACCCAGAACCCUCAGAUCUCUCCAACUUUGUGAAUGAGAAUCAGUUCCACUCUUCAACAGCAGAUGAAACUGAGUUUGGAAAGUCCUAUAACAUUGAAUACAUGGAGAAGACUGGAAGUUGCUCCCCGCUCCAGGAUGUGCCCCAAACCCAGUCCCUGUACCUGAUCUUCGAGGGCUCUCAGGAAAGUCCAGGGAAAACGCCUUCCAAAUUCUCAGAGACAAGCACUCCAGGAACAGGAUCUACUUUUGAUGGUCUGGAGCCCCCUCUUUGCACAAGGUCUCCCCCCAUCAUGCAGGACUCUAUACGGCAACCCCUGGAGAGGCCCCGGCAGAGAGAUGAGGAGAAUGGGGGACUCGGAUGUGGAAAGAUGGAGUUGGGCUCUCCUGAAGAUGCCUAUGUAGCUGCUGAGACCCUGUUGUCUCGGAUUUCCCAGCAAGCAGCUCUCUGUGACCAGCUCAGUUAUCUGGAACCCGAUUUAGCUGAAAAAAACCCACAGGCGUUUGCACAGAAACUACAGGAGGAGUUAGAGUUUGCAGCCAUGCGAAUUGAGGCUCUGACGUUAGCCAAACACAUAUCCCAGGUCUCAUUGAGCUCUCAGCAUCCUGAGUGUGUGGGAAUUGACCCUACGGAUGUUGUCCUUUCUCACAACUCUCUCUACUCCCGCACUGUACCCAUGGAAACCGGAAGCAGUGCCCUCUUGCAUCCUUACCAGCAGUCAGAUGUUGACACUGCUCUCCAGAUAGCCAGGGAAGAGAUUGCAGCCAAGGAGAUGGAGGUGUCUGAUUGGAAGAAGAAGUAUGAGGAGUGCCACUGCGAGGUGGUGGAGAUGAGGAAGAUUGUUGCAGAGUAUGAGAAAACAAUAGCACAAAUGAUCGGCAGCCCAGAGGAUGAGCAGAGGGAGAAGUCGAUGUCACAUCACACAGUGCAGCAGUUAAUCCUGGAGAAAGAACAGGCUCUGUCGGACCUAAACUCAGUGGAGAAGUCACUGGCAGAUCUCUUUCGCAGAUAUGAGAAGAUGAAGGAGGUUCUAGAGGGAUUCAGAAAGAAUGAGGAGGUGCUGAAGAGAUGUGCGCAGGAAUACUUGGCGCGGGUAAAGAAAGAAGAGCAGAGGUACCACGCUCUUAAGAUCCACGCAGAGGAGAAGCUGGACAGGGCCAAUGCUGAAAUAGCUCAGCUGCGCAGUAAAUCUCAACAGGAGCAAGUGGCCCACCAAGCCAGCCUGAGGAAAGAGCAACUCCGAGUCGAUGCUUUGGAAAGGACCCUGGAGCAAAAGAAUAGAGAGGUUGAAGAACUGACUAAGAUUUGCGAUGAACUCAUUGCCAAGAUGGGAAGGAGUUAGCCACCUGCCGACUGUCUGGGGAUGCUUGUUGUUCAAGCUGAGUGCAAUCUGAGGAAUACAAGUUGGGGGAAUCUUGGUGUUUCUAUGUUCCCAUGUAGAAUGUAGGGCGAAGCACAGGAAGCGUGUAACGCAUACUUCCUCCCUGCAUGUCCUUCCUGUAUCAGGGAGGCAGAAUCCUUGGCUGCGUAUCUCUUGCUGUCUUGUCUUAUUUUAUAUGGACUUUUUAUUCUCCUUGACCUGCAUCGAGUCAAAGGGCGUUGAGCUCACGAUGUGUCCUGCUGAGUGAAGACCCCACCACCAUGUUGUGUUCCUUAAAGGGUGACAAUAAGAACAUGCUGAGGCCUUGCAGUUGAAGCAUUGGUGGCUUUAUCCUUUUAAAGAACAAAGACCAUCAACUAUAGGCAUGAGUUGUGUGCUGUAAAUAAAUGAUACUAUUCAAAGCC